AUGGCCACCGUCACCGCUGCGGUGCCAGACCUCUCUGGCGAUAACCUCACCUCCUGGCUUCAAUCAGAGCACAAGACCCUACAAGACCUCUUGCGAGCGGCAUGGGGAAUCACACUGGUGAGCUAUACAGGGUCUCAGGAUGUGGGGUUUCGUUCAUACAGUCAGAGUGGUGGGGUCAGUUGGUGGCACACUCAUGCCUCGGCGAAGCAACCCGUGCGCUCGCUCUAUGAAAUUCAGCCGCGCGAGAAUGCCCCCGAGGAGAGGGAAACUUUAGUUUGGGGGCAACGCUCGGUUGUUUUCGAAGGUGAGGGAGAAGGUGUUCAGGACAUUGUAAACCAAUUCGAUCUUGCCGUGUCUUUCCGCGAAGACACGAUAAGCAUCAGUCUUCAGCACAACCCUGCCGUUAUUGCAUUCGAGCAGGCUCGCAUGAUAGCGGCAACAGCGGCUAGAGCAGUCGCACAAAUUGUACAACACACCAAUUCUAUCAUCUCAGACCUGGACCUCGUCAGUGAGACCGACAUUGCUCGCAUCUUGCAAUGGAACUCCAUUCCAAACAAGGAGAUUGGCCGUGCGAAAUGCAUCCACCAGGUCAUCUCGGUCACAGCCAGCUCCCAGCCCUCCACCACCGCCGUUUCCUCCUGGGAUGGCGACUUCACUUAUGGCGAACUCGAACGACUCUCUUCCGAGCUCGCGGUGUCUCUAAGGCACUUGGGUGUUCGGAGAGAGGUCUUUGUGCCACUUAUAUUCGACAAGUCCAAGUGGGCAAUCGUGGCGAUGCUUGGUGUGCUCAAAGCAGGCGGUGCAUACUUAUUCUUGAACCCUACACAUCCAGUUCAGUAUAACAGGACACUGUGUCAGCCAUUUGAUAUCAAGCUGGCCGUCUGCUCGCCGAAACACCACACACUGGCGCAAAGCUUUGCUCCUAGGUUCGUGGAGUUGGGAAACGAGGCCGGCAAGGACCUCAAAGUUUCAUCACCAGAGGACGAAAACCCCUCCGAAGAAGAAAGCCAAGAAACCCCAAGCCCCUCCCAGGCAAUGUACGCAACCUUCACCUCAGGCACGACUGGCACGCCAAAAUCCAUCACCACCUCUCAUGACGCCUUUUACCACAUGGCCAUGGCUACAGCCUCCACUUCUGCCUUGCACAUCUCGCCAUCUACCCGCAUGCUGCAGUUUGCCUCGUACACGUUCGACGUCGCAAACCGAGACAUCCUCAUCCCGCUCAUGUUUGGGGGCUGCGUGUGCGUGCCUUCGGAGCGGGAGCGCGUCGAAGAUCUCGGCGGGUUCAUCGAGAGGACGGGUGUCACCCUGGCGAGUUUGACGCCGAGUAUGGCGGGAACGCUGCCGCCAGCUUCAGUUCCAAGAUUGGAGCGACUUGUGCUCGGCGGAGAACAGAUGACGGAGUCGCACGUUCAGAAGUGGACGAGUGACGAGAACAACAAGGUCGUCCUCUUCAACGCCUACGGCGUUAGCGAAUCCACCGGCAUCGCAGCUCUUGCGCGGGAUGUCCGGCCCGGUGGUGGUUCCUCGCCCUCCAACAUUGGCCGUGGCAACGGUUCCACGCUUUGGGUUCUCUCCAUGACCGACCCUUCCCGCCUCGCGCCCGUUGGCGCUCUGGGUGAGCUCGUUAUUGAAGGGCCAUCCGUUGCACGUGGGUACAUGAACGACCCGGAGCGCACGGAAAGAUCAUUCCAGACGGAGCCAGAGUGGAAGAGCGCUUUUCUUCGACGGCUUGCUGAGAAUACGAAUGCAGACGGGAAGGGUGAUAAGAGGUUCCCUUGGACAAAGGCGUUUCGGACGGGUGAUUUGGUUCGAUAUAGUCCCCGUUUGGACGGAACGCUGGAGUUAGUGGGCAGAAGAGAUCAUCAGGUGAAGAUCAAUGGACAGCGACUAGAGUUAGCGGCGGUGGAGAGCCAAGUUGUGGCUUGUACGCAACUCGACCCGUCCACAGUAAAAUUUCAGCAUGCUGCCGUGGUGGCCGUGAAGACGAAAGAAGGUGGGGGUGGCACGAAGCUUGUUGCAUUUCUCGGCGUCGAAACCUCCCGCAGGCCAUCUGCAGCAAGCCUCGGAACGAAACUUGAAGGCAGCUGGGAAUUUCAAAACGUGUUGCAGAAUCACCUUUCGCAACAGAUGCCCGCGUUUAUGGUUCCUUCUGAAUUCAUGUUCCUUCAGCAUAUGCCGCUCACUUCAUCGGGGAAGAUAGACAGGGUGUUGCUUCAGGAGACAGCGAUUCGUGAACUUGCCCGCCGUCAGACCAGAAUGUCGGGUGUUGGUGGUGCACAAGCUGGGAGCGAGAUCACGACGACCGCGGAGAAGAUUAUUGUCCAAGCUUGGUCCAAAAUACUUGACAUCAACGAGGAGGGCAUCUCGAGGGAAGAUUGUUUCUUCCGACGAGGUGGAGAUUCGAUCGCAGCCAUCAAACUCGCCGCACAUCUUCGCGAGAAACGGAUUCAGAUUAACGUUGAGGAUGUCUUCAAACACUCCACCCUCGCCGACAUGGCCGCUCUUCCUGUCCUCGUCAAAGGCGUCAACGCCAGCACCGCCCUCUCCCAAGCAUCACCACAGCCGUCAGCUGUCCCGCCUCCAUUCUCGCUGCUGAAAGCUCCCCAAUCAAUCAUCCCAACCAUUCUCGAGGAAGUCGGUCUCUCAAGAGAGAAGAUCGAAGACAUCUAUCCGGCAACACACAUUCAAGCAGGCCUCAUCGCGCUUACGGCACAGGAUAGUGGUGCGUAUAUUGGCAGCUACACCUGGCCCGUGCGUCAUGACAUCUCCGUCGCACAACUCAAACAGGCAUGGGAGACGGUAUGGCAGAUGAACCCUAUUCUCCGGACUCGCGUUUUGCAGGUUCCAGAGGGGGCGUUUCAAGUUGUGACUGAAAGUGGUUGUGAUAUACCCUGGACAAUGGUCGACGAUGUUGACGAAUCAAGCUUAUCAGUUGAAAUUGCUGUGGAUGGGAAGAGCCCUCUUGUACGCUUGUAUCUGAGCAAGCAAGCCUUUCGGCUGGACAUUCACCACGCGCUCUUCGACGAAUGGUCUUUGGAUCUCAUUCUGGAGCAGGUUGAAAAGGCGUAUGCUGGACAAUCUCUGCCUUACCGACCCUUUUCACCAUUUGUUCAAAACCUCCUUACUCAAGAGCAAAAUGUCGCCGCUGAUGAGUUUUGGAGAGAAAGUUUCGCCGGCCUACGAACUGAACACUUUCCUCCCGGCAGCAGCAUUACGCCCUCCACCGUCGAGAAAGUCAUUCUCGAACACACCCUCUCUCUCGACCCGACCUUGACGAGUGCCCACUCUAAAUACACACUCUCCACGACUCUCCGUUUAGCGUGGGGUAUCAUACUCUCAAACCAGACUGAUUCUCCGGAUGUGGUCUUCGGUGCAACAGUCACGGGUCGAAAUGCGGACAACCUGGAACUCACAGGACCCACGCUAGCUACGUUGCCUGUUCGUGUCAAGGUUCCAGGAGACCAAGCCAUCCACACGGUGCUGGAGGAAGCGCAAAAAGGCUUUGCCGAUAUGAUGGCACAUCAACAAACGGGCCUGUCGCGGAUUCGAGCAGUGAGUAGCGAGGCGGCUGACGCGUGUGGAUUUCAAAACCUCCUCGUCGUCCAGCAACAGACGGCAAAGAUGGACAAUCAACAAUCCUCACCCAGCAGUAUUUUCGAAACUUCGGCAAACAUAGGGGGCUCAAAGUCGCCUGACAACGCGAAGGCAUUCGCAAGUUAUCCGCUUGUCCUCACUUGCCGCCCCUCCCAGCACUCCAUCGCCUUCACCGCCGCCGUGAAUCCUACCAUGUUGGAUGCGGACACCACGCGCGGCAUACUGAGGCAGAUGGCGCAUGUUGUGCAACAAAUUCUGUCAUCGACUUCCUCCUGUUCCUCCCCCGAGGCGCAUGACUUGCGGAUCAAAGACAUCGACCACAUGCCACGACAGGAUGUGGAAAGGUUGAGCAAAUGGAAUGGCAUUCUACCAGCGGGGGUCGACACUCCCAUCCACCACACCAUCCGCAAGAAAUCCGGUUCGCAGCCGGAAAAGGUGGCGGUCCAUUCUCAUGGUUUAAAUCUGAGCUAUGAACAAGUAGAGCGCUACUCGAACUUGUUCUCGCAGCAUUUGUCCGACGCGGGUGUGAACAAGGGGGACUUUGUGCCGUUGUUACUGGAACGCUCUCCAUGGGCGCCGGUCCUGAUGCUGGCCGUCCUCAAACUCGGCGCAGCCUUUGCCCUGCUUGAUCUGUCACACCCUGUCCAGAGACUCCGCACGAUGUGCACCGUGCUAUCGGCCAGAAGAGUAGUGUGUUUCCCUCACCAUCGAACGAUGGUGGAGAACGAUCUGUUGCUGCCGGAGGUGAUCUUCGAUCCGGAGGUUAUCAUAGAUGUCUCCAAAAGCACCCGAGAUGCUCCCGCUGGACUGCCAGAGAUUGACAUGAGUACCCCAGCCUGCAUCGUCUUCUCGUCUGGCUCGACUGGUCUCCCAAAGGCCAUCCAGCUCACGCACCACGCGCUGUCCACUUCAGCGUAUCACCUCUCCACCACCGGCCAUCUCUCUCAAUGCUCUCGUGUCUUCAACUUUUCCUCGUUUGCAUUCGACCUCUCCAUCGGCGAACUGCUGUUCUCACUCAGUGCGGGCGCGACGGUCUGUGUGCCGACCGAGGAAGAGAGACGAGCGAACCCGUCCAAAGCCGCUGGAGAUUUGGGCGUGACGUGGGCUUUGCUGACGCCCUCCGUGAUCGGCCUGCUUGACCCCGAAGAGGUGCCUACGCUGCAAGUUCUGGCUUCAGCGGGGGAGCAACUUACGGCGCAGAUCGUGGAGAGAUGGGCAGGGAGGGUGAAGUUGUUCAACAUGUAUGCGCCGGCCGAGUGUACCGUCAUCUCGCACAUUUCGCGCAUUUUACCCGGAUCAGAUACACCGCCGGCGUGUAUCGGUCGCAGUCCCGGCGCCGUAUCGUGGGUGGCGAGCCAAAACAAUCACCACAAGCUUGUGCCGAUCGGGACCAUUGGCGAACUGCUCGUCGAAGGCCCCGUGGUGUCUUCAGGAUACCUCGGAGACGCCGAGAAAACGGAUGCUGUGUUUCUUUCUUCUUCGAAUCCACCCUCAUGGCUGACCCAGAUCCGCGGCGAAGCUCAGGGCGGCAAGAUUGGCCGGGUGUACAAGACGGGGGAUCUGGUGAGGCAAAGAGAAGAUGGCACUUUGUUGUUCCUCGGACGCAAGGAUGACCAAAUCAAGCUACACGGGCAGCGGCUAGAGGUUGAGGAAGUGGAACUCAGCAUCACCUCGCUGUGCUCGAGUGUCCGCAAGUUGGCGGUGGAUUGUGUCAAGAUCGCGGAGAAAGGAAGAGGCCAGAGAGCGUUUUUGGUCGCUUUUGUCGCGCCGCAUGAGUUUGAAGAUUGGGGAGAAGUCGGAAAGGAGGGUGGACUGGAAGUGAUCCAGGACCCCAACGACAACUUCUACAAUACCAUCGAGAGCCUAUACACCUCACUCCAGGACACCCUACCCUCAUACAUGCUCCCCUCGUAUUUCCUUCCCUUUUUGAAUAUUCCCCUCAGCUUGUCCGGAAAAGUGAACCGCAAACUGUUACGGGAAGAAUCGACAAAUCUCCUCAGCAGCCAGGAUCACAGGGAGAAGUACCAACUUCGCUCGCGCACAGCAUGCGAGCAAGCAGCAGACGGAGAGCAGGUUCCUCUCACGGAACAUGAGACCCAAAUCCUCCAAAUAAUCGCCCAGGUGUUGCAUUUGGAUGCGCAACAAGUGCCCAUCAACGGCAACUUCUUUGGCAUAGGCGGUGAUUCUAUCUCGGCCAUGCGUGUGGCUGCGCUCGCUCGACGCAACGGACUUCGCCUGGGCGUCGUCGAGAUCUUCAAGCAUCAGAUCCUAUCACAAAUCGCGGCUUCUUGCUGUCCAGAGUCAGACACAGACAGCACCACUCCAGACUUUUCGGAAAGCUCGUCGACCACAGACGCCACGUCUCAAGAUUCUUCUGAAAGCUUGUCGACCACCGACAGCAACAGUGAAAAGGCCCUGGGAUGUGAACUACCGCCUGGUCUACCACAUGAAGUGGCGCAGCAAGUGGAACUGGCUCUCCCCGCGACAGAUUUCCAGACAAUGACGCUGUACAACUUUUACUCGCGCUAUCUGUGGAUUUCGCUUCCGGACACCAUCGAUACUGAGAGGUUGCAGCAGGCGUGCCAGCUGUUGACGGAGAAUCAUUCGAUUCUGCGGACCGUGUUUUAUACCACAACCACCACCGCCGCCACUGGCUCCGUCGUCCAGCUCGUCCUCCGCAGUCUCACGGUGGACCUGAAAUAUCACAAAGACAUCGAGUCAUUGGACCAGCACUUCACCAGCGAUUCAUUGUCCCACGGGCCCCCGGUCAACGGAGCCGAAGGAUUCCAGGUGCAACUUCUCUCACUACGUGAGGGGCAGAAGAGAUACCUGGCACUGAGGCUACCGCACGCCCAAUUUGACGGCUUAUCCCUCAACGUCCUCAUCGACGACCUGUCGGCCGCCUAUGAUGAUAAUACAGGCCAUUCUCUAGCUCCCUGCGCGCAGUUCUCGGACCAAGUCAAGUGCGUGACAGAAACAAAAACGACACCUGAAGCGUACCAAGUUUGGAAAGACAUCCUUGACGAUGCGGAGAUGACCACAUUGGAUGGCCAGAUUUUGCGCCGCGGAGAUGGCGUGGCGAGAACAGAGGAGGGUGGGGAGAGCUUUAAGGAAGAGUUGAGCGUCGUGACAGCCAUGACCGAGACAGCGCCGUUGGUGGCGCCAGCGGGUAUCACCAUGGCUACGUUGGUGAAGCUGGCCUGGGCUCUCACGCUCUCAAGGCUCUUCUUGCCAAAACAACCCAACGAAAAGGGGCCGAAAGGCGGAAAGAGUGUGGUCUUCGGUCAAGUUAUCCACGGCCGCUCACUGUCCCUCCCCUACGAAGACAGAAUCGUGGGGCCGUGUCUGAAUAUCAUUCCCGUCCGGGUUCGUCUACCACCCACCACACCCAAUCUGGACAACCCAGUCAGUACGCGGGUGCUUUUGGAGCAGAUUCAAUCGCAGCACAUGGCCACGCUCCCAGUAGAGAACUUGUCCCUCUCGACCAUUACGAAACACUGUACCCGCUGGGCACCGGGGACACAGUUUGGGAGUUUUGUGAGGUUUCAGAAUUUUGAGGAUGAUGACGGCAUGCGAUGUUCUCUGAACGGAGAGAGCUGUGAGACCGGGCUGUGGAGUCUGCCCAAUAAGCCCUCCAAGACGGCAAAUGUGUUGAUUAUGCCGAAGAAAGAGGGGAGUUUGCAAAUCACGCUUACGGUAGGGAACAUGGUGUUGGGCCAACGGGAUGCGGAUCAUGUUGUGGGAUGCUUCAGAGAGGUUCUAGAUAGUCUCGCAGGAGGCGAAAAGGACAUGUGA